AAACACUAUUCACACUUUUUUAUUAACCAGGUAACCAGCAGCUUCCAGCUAAAAGAUCCCUUGUCUAAACUUGGCAUGGCUCAUGCUUUUGAUGAUUCAAAAGCCAAUUUCAGUGGCAUAUCAGGGGUGAAUGACCUGGUUAUAUCUUCUGUUGUCCACAAGGCUUUUGUUAAGGUCAACGAGGAAGGGACGGAGGCGGCUGCUGCUACAGCAGUUGUUAUGGUGAAGCGUCUUUGCAUGCCCAUGCCACCUCAUGUGGUCAAUGUCAACCACCCAUUUUUAUUUGUCAUCAAGGAUCAUCGGGCCAAUGGAAAUAUUUUAUUUUUGGGCCAAGUUUCUGAUCCGGAUCCCAAUCCAUAAUUUUACAUUAUAAACUAUAUCUUGCUUCAAAUUAUUGCAUCAUGUUAUAUAUUUUUUUCCUUAUGAUAUGAUUGGUUUUAGACAUUUGUUAAUGAAGUUGCCAUAGCGACUGUGUAAACUUUUUAUUGUCAACUUUGUCGCCACAUUUCCUGUGAAGCUGUUGUUUAGUUUGAUCAAGACAGUUUUAAGCUCUUCAUUGCAGAAAUUGAUUAGUCAGAAUAUUUUUUAUACUGACAGAUUUAUUUUAAAUGUGUUGCAAAAUGUUUUAGAGCAGUGAUAAUGUAAAACUUGUGUUUUUUCUAUGAAUGUAACACAUUAAAGACCAACUUUUUACAACCAUUUCCAUUAGCCAGGUACUCCAACCAUUGAUUGACCAAAUAUUGUAUUGCUUAGGUUUAUCUGUUUACUGCCAACUUUAAUUUUUACAAGUAAAAAAAAUAAAAUGUAUCAAACUAUAGUUACUUCCCUUUUUUAGUUGUAGGGUAUUAGUGCAGAACAAGGUUUUAAAGUGUUGAAA